AUGCUCCCGGCUUGCUGCUCGGAGACUGCGCUGCUGCUGCUCCUCUUGCUGACCGAGGCGGCGGCGGCGGGUGGAGGGCGGCCAGGAGGCGGCGGCGUCCCUUGCGCUUCCCCGGCGGCCGGCCGCGCAUCCUCCGCCCGGGACGCGCAGGCUCUCCGCGACGAGCAGGGCUGCGACGCGCGGGCGCUGGGCGAGCCGUGCGGCGUCUACACCCCGAGCUGCGCGCCCGGCUUGCGCUGCGUCCCCCGCCCCGACGAGCGCACUCCGCUGCACGCCUUGCUGCACGGCCGGGGGGUCUGCGUGGCCGGAGGCGGCCGGAACCGGACUGAGGCGGCGCCCGCGGCAGGUGAGCCCGGAGCAGAAACAUGGAAGCGAGGGGGCGCGGAAGGCGGGAGAGAGUCCCGCAUGGGGGGUUGGACUAGAUGAGCCUGCGGGGUCCCAUGCAACUCUACAAUUCUAUCCUUCCAUGAAAUAUCGCGGGGCCAAGAUUGCCAUGCAAGUGAUCACAAAGUAUGGAGGGUGAGGAAGUAUAAAGGCGGGUUGGGAGCAUAUUGGAUGCAGGAGAUGACUGAACCUCCUUAGCCUUUCAUCAAGAUUCACAUGUAAGAUCCUCAGCGCAAAGGGAGCAAAACCCUAUUGAACACGGUGGGAUUUACUCCCAAGUAAAGAGCCAUAGGAUUGCUGGCAGUGAUUCAAGUGUUCUUUCUUUACAUUUCUUUAAUUUUGUAAAUACAGUAAAGACAAAAGAAGAAACAUCACCAGCUCACAUUAAGAAUGAAAAUAAUCCGCACAGUCUGAUUUAAACUUAUAUAUUAAUAUAAGCAGUCCCUAUGCCCCAAACAAAAUUGAAGAUUGUGAAGAUGUACAAUCAAGGGCAGAAAGGGAAGAGAAGUCUUUCGGGUGCUGGGUAGCGAAUGCUGGCUGCUUCUUUUUCUAGCCUCGAAGCAUAAAAGCCAUAAGGGCUCAUAGAUUUUUUCCCUGUGCUUAAACUACAAAAUUUGAAUCUGAAUUAGUUACUUGAUUUGGAAUCAUGUUUGUGCAGGGGGAGUAGGUACUUUUGAAAUGCGUGUGCUUUGAGUUCUUUGCUCAGCCGUUCAUGUUUUGUUCCAACUUUGGAAACAUUUAAUGCCUCUCUGGUAACUCGGACCUAACUAUAUGCAUCCUGAGGACCAGAAGCCUCCAUAGCCCCUCCAACCCAGAUAUAAACACCAGGGAUGACCCCUGAAAUGGUUAGGUCAAAAGGGUGUGAAAGGGCUGUUGUGAAAGCAGCUCCUCGGGUUUGGGAAUGAAUACCUUAAGAGCAGAGAGGAGAUAAGUGUUUGCUGUCAGGAAUGUUUUGGGAUGGGAUGGGGAGAAUCUGCAGUAUCGUCUUCUGUCCCUAGACUUGUGUGUGAGCUGAACAGACGCCACGGCCACCCUUGAUCUCUCAUGCCAGGCCUGAGUCCCCCUUUGCUCAGACUAGUAGUGGGUGCAGUGCCAAACCUUGUCUUGCAGGGAGAAGACUGCAAAAUCAUCUCUGCCUACCUGGAGCUGCACCUUCUCCUGUUCUCUCUGGGGAGGGUUCGUAAACAGUUCUUUAUGGCUUCCCUUUGUAGACUGCAAGAAUCCACUAGUUUGUGUGGUGGAGAGAGGAACCCUGGGAAGAAGAGCUUGGGCUUCAACUCUAUAAAACCAAUAUACUGUACUGUGCAAGUAAAGUUUGGAUCUGACAGCUCCUUGUCAUGAACCUUUAUGAGUUGGAUUUAUGAUUAUGAUUUAUGAUUAGACUUGUGAUUUAAGGACACUGUGCCUCAGAACCCUUGAAAUGCUAGUACUGGUCUGUGGCAACAGGAGAGGAGGGGAUGUGAGCAUGUCUGGCCGCGUGUCUGAUUCUGCACAGGAGCACAACUCCUGAAAACACGUUUUUGCUUGCUUCCUGGGCACUUGCUGACAACAGUCUGUUUUCUUUGAUUGCAUGAAAUGAGCCACAAUCUGCAAACUGGAUUACUUGCAAGUGUCCUUGGUUUUGCUUUUCCUCUCCAGCAAGCUGAAAGGAGCCAUUCUGCCAGAUGAUGGAAAGAUGCUGGGCAACUCACAUGGGUACUUAUUUUCACCAGCAAAUUUUGGCUCUUAUCCUUUGUGUUGUGACACAGAGCAGUGGACAAAGGGAGAAGCUGGCCCUGCAUUUCCUUUUUCAAAAAUCUUGGUUAUGCUUGGCUAGACCUUCUUGCUCUUUUUGCCAAGACCAGUUGGGGUCUAUAACUAGCCAGAGCAGAGUCCAGAUUUUGGUCUGCUAUCAAACUCCAGUCUCCCUGGGACAACAAGUAAAGAGUUAAUCUGGAUCCUGAAAGUGCAACAGGGACUGUUUCUUUUGACCAGGGAUUUGACUUGGUUCUAGUACAUAAGCCUGGCCUGGCCAGUCCAGAGGCUGAUACUGUGCAUUCUUAGUUCCUUCUGUUCCUGAUGCUCUCUGAAGUCGAACACAUCCAGUCCAUGGAAACAGCCAAGGCUAAGUGUUAACAUCAGGCCAUGAGAUUCCUGGCUUCUGUUGGCAUCCAUCUGUCUCGAGAGAUGAAAUCAACCGCUGCAUUAGCAGCACGGAUGUGACCUCAGGGUGCAAGCCUGGGCAGUGUGUCUGGAGGUCCUGGGCAAACUCCCUCUCUGCCUCACUGAUGUGGUCCAAAGAAAAGCAGAGCAAUAUGUUUGGCACCAGCUGGGCUGCAGGAGUUGCCAGAAGGCAUACAAGGCACCAUCCAAAUGUGGAUUUCUGUAGGGGUACUCCAUAGCCUUUUCUUCUGAGGAUAUCUCACAAGCGGGGGCAGAGCGUAUGCCUGCACUGCAUGGGGUGUGCUCCCAGUGGGGCUGGAGGGUGCUCUCCCGGGUGCCACAGUCCAGGGGAGAAGGGGGGGCUGCUGCCCACUCUCCUUCUGCUCUCCUCCUCUGGGUCAGACCUGACCCGGUGGCACAGCUGCUGGGGCUGGGCACAAGGCGCACCGUGGCCAAGGAAGGUGGGCCCGCAGCAUUGCUGCCCAUUCUCCUGCUCUCCUCCUCUGGGUCAGGACUGACCCCGGGCUGAGCUGCAGACAGGCAAGAGCGCCACAGCCAAGGCACAGCUGCUUCUUGAUCAGAGUCAGGCUCUGAUGAAGGAGCCUGCUGUAGGGUGCCUGUUGGUGCCCCCUCACAAAAUUGUGCCCAGAGCCACAGACACCCCCCCAAUGCCUCUGCUCACAAGGCAGCAGAGGUUUAGGAUCAGAGUUUUCCUACUUCUAGAUGGGCUCCCUUCCAGGUUUGACAAACCUCAUCUGCUCCUCACUUCCCUCUUCAGCACUUGCAGAAACUGCCUCCUUGACCAUUGGACCCACUGUCGGUCUCGUUCAUUCAAUCCACCAGAGCCUGUUUUCCCAUGCAGGGGAAGUCCCUAAAUCGCCAAGGGUCUGAGACCCAUUGGCUCCCCUCACCUGGUUUAGCUGGCCAAUUGAAGCCAUUCCCUGGAUGUGGCUGCUGUCACAUGCUGACAGCUUCUAGGAGCCACAGGCGAGAGCUGAGUGCAGGGUGGGGACCAAAAGUGGGCAAACUAACUCAGAAGGAGCAUGAUGUGUCCCCCACCAGAGGUGCUAUCCCUCUCCUAACAUCCCAUACACCCUGAUUCCUGGCAUAUGGCCCUGACAUUGCCUCCGCCCCCCACCCUGUGGUCUUAUUUAUUAAAACAUGUAUUUGCUGCCAUUCAACUCAUCUGGAUUUCAGAGUGGUAUACAAUCGGUUUAUAGCAUAAAAUGAUAAUAAAACAAAAUUUUAAAAUGCCUGUGUGAGUAAAAAUGUUGGUUGGCACUGGAAAGACUGCAGUGUUGGUGGAAACCGAGCCUCUAUAGGGAGGGCAUUCCAUAACUGGGGUGCCACUGCUGAGAAGGUCCUUUCCCUUACUGUUGAAUAGCAAAUCUCUGAUGAAGGAGGCAUCUGGAGAAUGAACAUCAGCAGAAGAUUUUAAAGCACAGACAAGUUAAUAUGGGAAACCAUGGUCUUUAACAUUAAAAAAAAUUAAGCAUUGCAGAUUAAAAUCCUGCCAUUCAGCUGUUUGGCAGGAAAAAUAGCAGGUCUGAAUCUAUUCUAUUUUGCUCUCCUGAACAGGUGAUAUGCAGAAUUCUCACCUUUUUCAAUAGAGCUCCAUAGAUGCAGGGGCAAUAAUGGUGGCAGAGCAACCAAGAAAUACAGAACGGUUGGGGCUUGCCAGCCUUAGCAACAGCUGCCUCAUGGACCACUCCUCUGUGCUGGUUGAGUUGAGGCUAGCACUAGGAUUGUACUAAAAGUCAGACAAUUUGCAGUGAACUAGGCCUAUAAAGUCAAAAGGACCACGGCGAGAACACUGGAACAGAAUUAUGUCAUACCAACAUCAUCUGGAUUCUCCAACAUUCCCAAGUGAGCAAGUUAUGUCACUUCUGGAGAAAAUAGCUAUCUUGGUAGCCCUUCCAGUGCAAUGGAUUUCCAAUGUAAUGUCUAGUUGCUUUGUCAUCAUUUUGUAGAAGGUAUGCAGAUUUGAGCUUAGCUUGGCUCUGAACAUGCAAAACAGGUGCCCCAGUUACGCUGGCUGAUAUAAAAAUAAAAAGAUCUCUUAGUUUGUUAAUAUGGAGAAGAUGAAAACCACAGUUGGCAGCAAGGAAUUGUGGUCAGCAUGUCCCUCAAAUGGCUUGUGCAAUAAAUUGUCAUUCUCUUCUCAAAAUAAAAUCCAGAGGUAAGAAGGGAUAUUGGAGAUGUGGAGAUCAUGCCAAAUCCUUCCCUCUGCUGAGGGAUUGUGGUUGGAGAACUACUUGUGUUGAGCUUGUAAAAUUCACUCUGCUCCUGAUGACUAAGAAGCACUGAAUGCCACUGCCCUGAUGAUUAAGAAGCACUGAGUGCAUCUUCCUCCACCUCCUACUUUAAAAUAUUUUAAAUGGCAACCUUAUUCAGGCCUCUUGGAGUGAAUUCAAGUAUGUGCAUGCAUGCAGUUCAACAAACCCAAAAAUGAGACAUCAGUUUUUUACAUUACAAAUGUAGCACUGAACAUUGUUUCAUGAAUUUAUGACAGCUUUCUGUCCUUGUAAUACACUUGUAGCCUGACAUUGUAGGGAGGAGCAGCAUCAAACCUUGCUCAGAAACAUUUACUACAGGCAACAUUGUGUGGAAAUCAGAAUAAACCUGCAUUUGAAGCUGCAAUCCUAUGCACGCUUAUUUGGGGAAUAAAGUGUUCAAGGACGCUUAUGUCCAAGUAAACAUGCAGAGGAUUACACAAGUGGUCAAAACCUAGGAACACUGGGGGAUGCUGGUGGCGCUGUGGUCUAAACCACAGAGCCUAGGGCUUGCUGAUCAGAAGGUCGGUGGUUCGAAUCCCCGUGACGGGGUGAGCUCCCGUUGCUCGGUCCCUGCUCCUGCCAACCUAGCAGUUUGAAAGCACAUCAAAGUGCAAGUAGAUAAAUAGGUACCUCUUCAGUGGGAAGGUAAAUGGUGUUUCUGUGCACUGCUCUGCUUCGCCAGAAGUGGCUUAGUCAUGAUGGCCACAUGACCCAGAAGCUGUCUGCGGACAAGCGUCGGUUCCCUCGGCCAGUAAAGUAAGAUGAGCGCCGCAACCCCAGAGCUGUUCGUGACUGGACUUAACAGUCAGGGGUCCCCUUUACCCUUUACAUGAGUUGUAGAAGCUGGCUUAGAGACAGCAAUAUCCAACAAAUUCUUUGGAAUACUAAAAAAAAUCCAGCUUUUUAAUAUCAAACUUUUAGACACUAUUAAUGCAGAAGUAGUUUUUGAAAGAUGAAAGCAGUGUAGAGUCUAGGCCAGUUGUGAUCUGGAUGGGAUCUUCAGUAACUCAUGCAUACAUCUCUCUUCCUAUUUUGCCAUUUUACCCAUGCCUUGUUUUUGCAGUUAGGAAAACACUUAACCAACAUCUGCCUGCUGUUUAUGCUAGGCUAAGUGGGGCUUUGUAUCUAAUCGAUUGAACCUUGAUUCCAUUUGAUCAAAUGACCUGGGUAAAGGUAUAAUUUAUCAUGUGGAUAACUUGCAGAUUGUCAGGGACCAUCCUGAAAAGAGCUGCACUGAGGAGGAAUGGUGGGAGCCGCCAUCCCUCUCCUGAUCCUGAAUCUUCCCAGGUGCAGGAGGACAGUAUAGCUUUGGAACGGUGGUUUGCAGAGGGGCAUAGUUCAGAAGGCAGAAGCUGGGAAAUACUGGAUGGGGAACAGCUAGCAGAUCUAACACUAGAAGAGAGAGAAAGUUAACAGAUUCACAGUCUCUGGGUACUAUCCACCCCCCUUCCCCAAAGUCCCAGAUUGCUCAGAAAGUGGCAGAACAGAAAGCACAGAGGCUACAAUCUCAGAUUACAAAACAUAGGAGUGACGUAGAUUAAUAGGGAUGGAGGGGGGAGUGACCUUAAUUGGGAGCAGCGCCAUUCUGGUUAGAUGCUUUCUUUUGACCUUCGCUGUGUUUAUUAAAGAAACUAACUGGUAAGAAUUCCCUUUCGCUUGAUCUGCUCAUUUACGGCCACGGGGGAGGAAGCCGAUCCCCCAAAGCCUGACAUCGGUGCAGGAUCCUGGAUUUAUCCAUCACUGGUGAAAAUGGUUUAGCAUUUCACAGCCAGGAACCCCCUGGAGUUUUCCAGGAUAAGACUGCAGUUCUACUCAUCCUUAGAUAAGAAGGCAAGUCCCACUAAUCACACUGUGAAUUGCUUCUGAGUUAAACUUCUGAGUUAAACAUGUAGGGCAGCCUACAAGCACCCCGAGUUUUUAGAUUCAUCAUGCUCUCUAAUAAAUAUGUAUGUAGCCUCCAAAAACAUGCUAAUCUUUUAUGGCUGGAACCUGUUCUGUCUUUUGGUGCUGCAUGGAACUUGUCAUUAUGGCCUACUAAGUAGGCUUUGCCCAUCGUUCUUCCUGCUGCUACCGUUUCAACAGCUUUAAAUGGUCUCCACUGAGCCAGGGUGCUAUAUGUACAAUCCAGACUGAAUUGGAGCUACAGUGGUACCUCGGGUUACAGACGCUUCAGGUUACAGACACUUCAGGUUACAGACUCCACUAACCCAGAAAUAAUAAUAAUAAUUUAUUAUUUAUACCCCACCCAUCUGGCUGGGCUUCCCCAGCCGCUCUGGGUGGCUUCCAAAAAAAUAUUAAAAUACUGUAAUACAUCAAACAUUAAAAGCUUCCCUAAACAGGGCUGCCUUCAGAUGUCUUCUAAAAGUCUGGUAGUAGUUGUUCCUUUGACAUCUGGUGGGAGGGCGUUCCACAGGGCAGGUGCCACCACCGAGAAGGCCCUCUGCCUGGUUCCCUGUAACUUGGCUUCUCAUAGUGAGGGAACCACCAGAAGGCCCUCGGUGCUGGACCUCAGUGAAAUAGUACCUUGGGUUAAGAACUUUGCUUCAGGAUGAGAACAGAAAUCUCGCAGCGGUGCGGCAGCAGCGGGAGGCCCCAUUAGCUAAAGUGGUGCUUCAGGUUAAGAACAGUUUCAGGUUAAGAACAGACCUCCGGAACGAAUUAAGUUCUUAACCCGAGGUACCACUGUACUAGUAGUACAGGACCUCACAGGAAAUGGGUUGAUGCAAGGAAGCUCUGCUUCCCCCUUGAGGAGCUGUGUGGAAAAUGCAGAAGUCUCAUGUGAGAGCUGAGCCAGUGGUCAGCUGUGGAGCAAAUCCACAGGUUGUCAAUGAUCACAAUCUGUAACAUGCUCCACAUGUGUCUAUAGACGUAACCAGUGAUAAUCUUCAGGUCCUCUGUGUGCUGCUGUAAGGGGUAAUGGGUAUAUGAUUGUGUUUUACCCACAUCAUUCAUGUGCAGAAAUUUUUAGCAGAGCUAAUUUUACAUCUUCAUUAUUGACUACUAGAAGCUGUCUAUUUCACUUGGGUCUCAUGGAUGGUGGAGCGAAACAGUUUUUUCAACUAAACCUGCCCACUGAGCUUUCCUUUAAGUCUGAAGUAGAAGCUGGGAAACCUAGAAGUUCCUGCCCACCCUCAAUGCCAUGUUGGUGGUGGUUGGGGGUGCAUUAAGGUAAAGGGACCCCUGACCAUUAGGUCCAGUCGUGACCGACUCUGGGGUUGCGGCGCUCAUCUCGCUUUAUUGGCCGAGGGAGCCGGCAUACAGCUUCCAGGUCAUGUGGCCAGCAUUAUUAAGCUGCUUCUGGUGAGCCAGAGCAGCGCACAGAAACGCCGUUUACCUUCCUGCCGGAGCGGUACCUAUUUAUCUGCUUGCACUUUGACGUGCUUUCGAACUGCUAGGUUGGCAGAAGCAGGGACUGAGCAACGGGAGCUCACCCCAUCGCGGGGAUUCGAAUCGCCGACCUUCUGAUCGGCAAGUCCUAGGCUCAGUGGUUUAACCCACAGCAGUGAAUUAAACAUCUUUAAAAAGGGACUAACUUGCACAGAUGUUCCAAACAAAGCCAUGCAUGCUGUGUCAGCAGGGCACUUAAGCCUGCUUCCUGGAUCUGCCUUUUGGGGUUUUGUUUCUUUAAGUGUUUUCAUUUUCAAUUAACCAAAGCCUCAGGACAAAUACAUAGAUCAACAUGAAGUCAAUGCAACAGCAUAGUCACAUUUGUCACCAAAGAGUGUCUUUCUGGAAGUAUCCCUUUGUUGCUGGUGGGAAAAAUCCAUGUUCCUUCAUGACUGCAUAAUUAUUAAAACUGCCCCAAAUGAUACUAAAAUCAUCUGUCAUUACUUUGCCACGCCUGGACUUGGUGAGUUUCUCCAUUAUUCCAGACUUGCUGAUGCCAGUCAGUUAUUAAAUGAGCAUGCAAAAUUCUGCAGUUCCUGGAUCAGCUUUUGUUCGAAAAACCCAAUGGGACUUUUUUAACCUUCUUCUUUCCCAAUACGUUAAAACUGCCUGGAAGAAAAAGUCCCCCAACAAAAACAGCAAAAACAUACUUCUUGGGUUGGUUGGUUUGUUGUUGAUUUUUGUCUCGGGUGCUUUUUGUUUACAGAAAUGCUCACUUAAAUGGUAAGUGGCUGGAAUUUGGGGACAGAAAGGCUGCAUUAUACAUCUAUUUCUUCUCUAAAUUCUACAGUAAAAAGCACAACUGGGCUAAGGUCCUGAACACACCCACCCACCCACCCACCCGGAAAAGCAUAACUUGACAACAAUAUAUAUGGGCGUGAAUUCAGCUAGCCUCCAUUCUGGUUGAGGUCACAAAGGGAGAACUGAAGUGUUCAACACUUAUUGUCCCAAGUGACAACAUUAUGGGGCUGGAGGAGAUAGGGAUAACUAGAUUAGGAUUUUUUUAUAUAUUAAAAAAAUGGGAAAUGCAUCUGGAGAAUAUUAGCUUUAAAAAUUGUCCUUUGGACACUGCUAGUUCUUGGCUGGAGAUGGACAAAUGGUUAUUUGAAAUAGCUGUUGGGUGAAACAGGGCUUUCCAGUCUACAUUUCUUUCCUACAUUUUUAUCCUACGUGCCUUUCAGGGCAGUGUAGCUUCAUGGCUGAGGGUUUUUCUGGAUGAGUUGCUUCUAAUGUCUUUCUAGCGCUUUGAGUAUGUCCCAGUUGCUGCAUCCGGCAAAAUACCAGGCAAGGGUAAGAUUAUCUGAAAUGUCAAGGAGGAGAAACUAACCAAAGUCUUUGGCUGUAUUGCAAAUCCCACCAUCUGUAGAGAGGUAUUGCUCACUGAUCACAACUUCUGAUACCUGGCAUAGAGGCACGUUUACUUUGCAGUUAAUGCUAGAUGGGUUUCACACAUGUAUUUUCGUGAUCAGCUUCCAGAACAAUGGGCAGAUAUGUUUCUUUCAACUGCAGGGCAGUUUAGUUAACAUCCCUACUGUGUCCUGCUUCCCUUUUGCCCAGUUACAGGACUCGAGGCAGGGCUGGACUUCUGGGAUCCCUCAGACCCCGUCAGCUGCAGCUCAUGCAAGUGCAUCCUUAAUCACACCCCCUGCACAGGGGGGUGGGUGGGUGGUGGUAAAUGUUACCAGUUAUAUUGAUAGAAAUAACAGAGGCUGACUGUUCCAUUCAUCUUCUGUUUUCAUGUUCUGUUUGGAAGAGAAUGUGGAUGCACCCAAUAUUUCAACAUUGUUCUCUGUAGAGUUUGGGAACUGCCGUCCUGCAGCUGGUCCUCCCUCCCUCCCCUUGUCUUCCUUAAGAAGGUGACUGAAAGGCUGAAGCCUGUUUCCAUCUCUCUAGGUGAUGGUUGGGAGGAGAAUCACCAUGCUGGUCCAUCAACAGCAGAGCCUCUCCUGUUACAGAGCCAGGAUCCACUGCAAGAGGUCACCGUUGGCAAAACCCAACUACAGCAGCUCUCCCUGAGCAGUGAUGCCAAAGUGGAGCGUGAUAUGGUACGUGGAGCAAGCAGCCUGUACUUUCCCACCCAGAGAAAGACUAGAAGGGACUGUGCUUCCCUGCUGGCAUUCUGGCUUCCUGCUCUGUACAGACCUUGCUGCACAGGAAAGCGAUGCUAGAAGAACUGAGAAACCUGCACAUUAUUGCUCUUAACUGUCUGCUUCUAUUUCUUUCUCUCUCCUUUUCACACCACCAAAUUCCUACUUACAGAAAAGCAUGAGGUAUAAUCUUUCUGGGAUUGCGUAUUUUCAGUAAGCCAGAGAAGGAUCUCGUAAUUGAACACUUCCUCAUGGUUUAACACAUACUCACAGCCUUCCUCCCUAUAUGGGAAGCCAGCGUAUCACUCCCUGCCAUGCUAGCACUUCGGUGCCUUCUGUAUAAACCCUUGACUUGUAAAUCAGACCCAAACACUUGUAUUUAAAGUACAGUUAAACCCAGGCUGAAAUAUACUGCUUGACUCUUCUGGCUUCUGUCCACCUAUGGGUAUCAUAGCUCUUUUGUCAAUCCAAUAGCAGGGAACCUGUGGCUCUCCAGAUGAUGUUAGACUACAACUUCCAUCAUCCCUCACCAUUGGCCAUGCUGGCUGUGGCUGAUGGAGUGAUCUAAUAACAUCUGAGAGGCCACAGGUUCCCACCACAACUUAACUACUGUCCUAUUUCUGUUUGGCAGGCUCCUUGCCGCAGGCACCUGGCAACCAUCUUGCAGGAGUUGAAGGCCCCACUCUACCAGAAUGGUCAAGACAUCUUCAUUCCCAACUGUGACACCAAAGGGUUCUACAGGCGUAAGCAGGUAUACUGAAAAGUUGCUUAUAGAGGCAAAGUAGCUACUCUUGGGCUUUUAUAGCAAGCCAUAACUUUGAGUAAUAAGCGGAGUAAUUUCUCAGUUGGUUUAGUGUUCUGGUUCUUUUGGCUUCAAAUUUCCUACCAGAAUCUUAUGUUAAAAAUAUCCAGUCUCUCCCACUGUGUAUACAGGCAACUCCCCAUAUACAGAGAGGUUGUGCUUUGAGGCACUGUGUGUCAGUGGGAUGCAUGUAAGCCCACCCUACCCUGUCCAGCCCCAUUGCAGAGCCGAAGUGGCUUGCGCAUGCCGAUCACGCACAAAUGGGGAAUUGCCUGGAUCCAUGGGCUAGAGAAGCUGCUGUUUCACAGUAGUCUUAUCUUCCACUAACAUCAUUGCCCCCUACAGUGUCAGGCAUCCAAGGGACAGAAGAGAGGCCAGUGCUGGUGUGUGGAUAAGAGAGGCCGCCGGUUGGAGGGCAUGGAAGAAAAACCCCUUUGCCUGCUUCCCAAUGUCGACUGA